UGAGUUUGUUGAUUCCACCUGAGCACGUGACAGGCGGGUGGGCGGGGCUUCCUGUAUGAGAGUCACCUGCAGAGCAGCGAGAGCAGCUUUCUGCAGGAGGAUCAACUCGUUCUGUCUCUCUGCUUCUUCUCAACACUCAACUUCUGGAGGAACUUAAAAGUGAAGAAAAAGUCACUCAGGACUUUACUCAGGAGUUUAUUCUCAUUUAAACCCCCGUUUUAUCCACUUUGGAAUCUCUUUCUGAUUUUUUUUCGUCAUUUGGGAUUUUUUUUUUUAAUUGUAGUGUGAAUCGAGAGUGAGGGACAGUCUCAGUGUGUUGGAUUGUUUGGUUCUCUCCGGUACAAUGAGUUGGACACAGCUGCUCAGGGUUUUACUGUGUGCAGUGACCUGUCUCCUCCCAGCUGCUGCUCUGCCUGCUGCAGACUGUGAGGGGGAAAAGUGCCAGACUUCCUCUUCAUCCUCGGCCUCGGCAGCACCCUCUUUAUCUUCCUCCUCGGUGGUGAAAUCCCAGCAGCCCUCCCAGGACUUCCUGGGCCAGUUUACCCAGGUGAGCUCACCAAACAGCGGGGACCGUAAACACCGCGACGCCAGCGCCGUCCUGCCCUUCAUCGGCCUCACAGGCAGUUCCGAGCAGAGUCGCAGCUGCUGUAAGAAUGGAGGAACCUGUAUCCUGGGGAGCUUCUGCGCCUGCCCUCCUUUCUUCACAGGAAGGAGCUGCGAGUACGACCAACGCAUCAGGAGCUGUGGUUCUAUUCCUCACGGGGAGUGGGUUCGUAAAGGAUGCUCCUACUGUCGCUGUGGUUACGGCGUUCUGCACUGCUUCCCUCACGUCUUCAAUAAAGACUGUGAUGACUCGGAGGAGGUGCUGUGGUAUCGUUCGUCAGCUGUCAGGACAAUUCGGCCCGGCUGCUUCCUGCAUGUGACGCUUCUUCUCCUGCUCUUCUUCCUCCUCUGAUUCAUUAUUUUUAUUUUUUUUAACGGAUGCUGGGCACCGACAAGAUUUCUCUCAAGCUGCAUCUACAGGACUAACAACCCAUUUACAAAUGUAAUCAGAGCUUUAUAAGCUUGAAAAAGAUAUUUAUUAUAUUUUGUCCAAAUACUCCAGUAGUGGAGGAGUAACGUAUACUGGACACAGGAGUUGUUCGUAAUCAGUGAAGACAUUCCCCUUUUCAGUUGUUUUUAAACCAGAUCAUUUGGAUUUUAAACUUAAGAAUGAUAAGUCUAUGAAAUGUGUUGUGAUCUUCAAAUUUUAACAUUUUAAGGAAUUCAGUCAAUCAAUCAGUUUCUUGAAAUAAGAAGAAAACUAUUUCAUCAGUUCCAGUUUUUCCAAUGCAGUUCCUUUUGUGUCAAGAAAUGAGUAUAAAUGUCUGUAAAAUAGAUAACUCGACUCCUAGAUUUGAUUUUGUCAGGAUUCUAAAAAUGGGGACUGAAGUUUAACUGUGUGUCUCUGCUUCUUAAAACCUUUCCUUCCAGUGGAAGGUCGUCUUUAUGUUUUAAAGCGUGUUGAAGAACAAAAUGUGUGUGAAGGAAACUGUACAUAAGAUUUCUAUGAAAAGUAUUUUAUGCUCUGUAGCUGAAUGUCCAUUUUUUUUCUUCGUAAUAGAAGACAGGGUUUGUUGUUUUUCGCUCUGUCUUCUGUCUGCACGAACGGGGCUGAUGUGACAGUUUGUCCUUUUGAAUAUAAACAUGUAUUGAUUAUGUGUUAAUGAAAUAGAUCUGUUGUAAGAAA